UCUUCAUAAACAUACUUCUUGUCCACACUACACACAUCAUGACUCUUUCUAGGCUUUCUCUGAUCAUCUCCUUCAUUUUAUCCACAGCUUCAAUUUCUGGGCAGAAACUUGACCCUCCAACGCUGAGUCUACACCGUGAAGACAUCCUCCAAGAUCCCGAACGUGCAGUUUCGGCAUCCAUAACAAAUGAUUUCGAAACCCUCUUUUUCAACCAAACGCUCGAUCAUUUCGACUAUAGACCUGAGAGCUACACUAUCUUCCAACAAAGAUACUUGAUUGACUCCAAAUACUGGGGCGGUGCAAAUUCUGAUGCGCCGAUCUUCGUUUACCUCGGUAAUGAAGCGCCAAUCGAUGGAGCCCCGACUAUUGUCGGGUUUCUAAGAGACAACGCAGCUCAAUUUAAAGCUUUAUUAGUUUAUAUUGAGCAUCGGUAUUUUGGUGAGUCAAUUCCACUUGGGAUGAGCUUCGAAGAAGCUCUCAAUGAUGCAAAUGUUCGUGGGUAUUUUAGCUCGGCCCAAGCUUUGGCCGAUUAUGCAGCUAUUAUCAUACACGUGAAGCAGAACUUGAAAGCCAGAAGUUCUCCAGUUAUUGUCGUGGGAGGAUCAUAUGGAGGAAUGCUAGCUUUGUGGUUCCGCCUGAGGUAUCCACAUGUGGCUCUCGGAGCGCUAGCCUCAUCAGCUCCCAUAUUGUACUUUGACGAUAUUACCCCGCAAGAUGCAUACUAUUCAGUGGUCACCAAGGAUUUCAAGGACACUAGUGAGACUUGCUACCAAACUAUAGGAAACUCAUGGUCAGAGAUCGAUAGGGUUGCUGAUGAGCCUAAUGGCCUUUCAAACUUAAGCAAGAUGUUCAAGACUUGCAAGCCUUUAGAGAGUGGGAAAGAGCUGAAGAACUACUUGAAAUCGUUGUACACGAUAACGGCCCAAGGAGAUCAUCCACCUACAUAUCCCGUGACAGUGAUAUGUAAGGGCAUCGACGGAGCAAACACUACUGAACAUGGCAUUCUUGGCAAAAUAUUUGCGGGCGUUGUUGCCUAUAACGUAAACUCCACAUGCUACGUCAAUCCUCCCGCUAAUAUGUCUCAAACUGACUUGGGUUGGAGGUGGCAGAGAUGCAGCGAAUUGGUAAUCCCCAUAGGCAUCACAAACAACUCCAUGUUCCCACCAGAACCUUUUGUCUUGAGCAGCUUCGUUGAUGGAUGCAACAACUCAUUCGGUGUCGCACCUCGCCCACAUUGGAUCACUACCUACUAUGGCGGUCAUGAUGUAGAGCUAGUUCUUCGUAGGUUCGGUAGCAACAUUAUUUUCUCAAAUGGACUUCGAGAUCCUUGGAGUAGUGCAAGGGUCUUGAAAAACAUCUCGGACAGUAUCGUAGCUAUCUAUACAGAGAAAGGUUCCCACUGUUUGGAUUUAUUUGCAGGGAAGCAAACCGAUCCAGACUGGUUGGUCAUGCAGCGAAAAGCUGAAGUUGAGAUUAUAAAAGGGUGGAUAGCCAAAUAUUAUGCCGAUCUUCUUGCUUUCAAAAAAUGAUACGAUGAAUUGCUGUUGCCAAAAAUAUGGAUAAAUAAUUGAUUCAGGAAGGCCGUUUCAAUAACAGAUCAGAAAGAAUAAGGCCUUAUGUAUCUGGCCAUAAUGUUAUCCUUGUAUUUCUUUGGUUCCCCUGGAGCGAGCUCUUAAUCAGCUCUUAAUCAAGAUAAGCAAAAUGAC